AUGUCGCAAAAGAUCCAUACUGUGGCCAUCAUCGGCUGUGGUGUAAUUGGAAUGAGCUGGGCGUGUCUUUUUCUUGCCAAAGGGCUAAAAGUUAUCAUCACAGAUCCAGUAGAAGGCACUGAACAAAGAUUUAAAGAAUAUCUAGACGACGCAUGGCCCACUCUCGAGCUACAACUUGGUUCCAUUGACCAGCAGCAAGCCAAGAACUAUGAAUUUGUGGACGACAUUGCUCCAAGACUAGGCAGCGUUGACUUUAUACAGGAGAACGGACCCGAGAACGUGGAAUUCAAGCAAAACCUUUUCAAAAUACUUGACCAACAUGCUAGGUCGGAUAUCGUGAUCGCCUCUUCAUCCUCGGGCCUCCCGUCAUCCGUUUUUAUUGGAAAAUGCGAACAUCAACCUGACCGGAUCCUGAUCGGGCACCCUUUUAAUCCACCACAUUUGAUUCCUUUAGUCGAAGUCGUACCCCAUGUAGGCACGAGCUCUGUGGCUGUGUCGACGGCGCUGGCAUUCUAUCGGUCUCUUGGCAAAAUUCCAGUUCUGGUUCGCAAGGAAGUUCCUGGUUUCGUCGCGAACCGUCUCCAGGCUGCUAUAAAUGCAGAAGCUUACAGUCUGAUCAGCCGCGGUGUCAUCUCAGCCGAAGACCUGGAUAAAGCCGUGACAUCAGGUCCGGGCCUGAGAUGGGCAGUUACUGGACCGAUAGUCACGAAUGCACUUGGAGGCGGAGGAGGGGCUGAUGGCUUUUCCACAAGACUUGAACGUCUAGGUCCCGCGAUCCGCGGGUGGGAAGACGAUAUGCACAAGCAUCGCUUUGACUGGAGCGAGGAAAUGUUGUCGGUGCUGAAGGCCGAUGUCGCGGAGUACCUAGCAACAGUCGAGUGGACGCAAUUAACAAGACAACGAGAUUCUGUCCUGUUGCAAGUAUUACGGUCAAAGUCUCAAACUCGAGAAGAUUAA